AUGAGUGCGGGGCUGCAAGUGCUGAAGGCGUUGGCUUCCGGCUGUACCAUCGCCAUGUUUUUGAGCUCCAUGCCGGCGAUCCACCACAUCCACAAGGCCCACGACACUGGCGACGUGGCUCUCUUCCCUCUUGUCGGACUAUGGUUAAACUGCCACAUGGCGAUGCUCUACGGUGUGGCGACGGCCAACUACUUCCCAUUCUUCACGACGUUUGCGUUCGGCACUAUCCUCUCAACGGUCUACCUGGGGGUGUACUUUCGGUGGACAGCGGCUCGCUCAUAUGCAACAAAAGCCAUCGGCGCAGCCUUUGUUGCUAUUGCUAUCGGUUCGGUCUACACGAUACUGGGGCUGGCGGGGACCAUCAAGACCGUCCUAAAGACCCGAUCGGGCGCAUCCAUCCCUGUCGGCAUGUGCCUCGCUGGCGCCACCGCGAACGGGAUCUGGACGGUCUACGGGCUCAUAAUCGACGACAUCUUCGUGUACGUCAACGGCGGAGCCUGCAUGGCGGUGGGGCUCUCUCAAGUGGCUCUGUACGUCGUCUUCUGGCCCGUCCAGAAGUCGGCCCCAAGCCUCUCGGAAGCUUCCUCCCUCUCAGACAACUACGUGCUCCCUGUCAAGACGACAGCAACCAAAUCGAUAGACACUCAAAUCCCUACCCGGAGAUCCACCGCGUGCACAAGCAGCGAGACGCCGGCGACGUAUCCAUCUUCCCAGUCGUUACGCUCUUCGGCAACUCCUACCUUUGGUGAGCAGAACGAUAGAUACUCCCUCAAGGCGCUUACAGUAGCUAACGUAUAUUGCUUUGAGACCUGUACGAUGAUCUAUUCGUACCUCAUUGGCAACAUCUUCCCGCUCUUCUCGGUGUGCGCCUUCCAGACAGCGACGGCCAUCGUCUUCGGCGUCGUCUACUGGUGGUGGUGCACCUCACGCCGGAGGUUCUACGUGCUGUGGGGCGUCACCGUCGUCGCUAUGGUCCUCACGUCCAUCUACGCCGCAAUCGCCGUCGCGGGCGUCACGCACCAAUCAGAGCACCAAGUGGAGAAGAUCUUGGGCUACAUGUGCGUGGUCAUGAACCUCUGUCUGAAGGUCGCACCCCUCGAGACGCUCAAGCGAAUCGUCCGCACCAAGAACGCGUCGUCCAUGCCCGUCACAAUGUCUGUCGUCGCGUUCGUGAAUGGUAUUCUAUGGGUCUGGACGAGCGCCAUCCUCGACGACAUGUUUGUACUGACACCGAACGUGGCAGGAGCAGCGCUGGGUGGGAUUCAGGUGGUCGUGUACGUCAUGUAUCGACCAGGAACGAGUCACACGACCACAGCAGCCAGUGAUGCCAACUGCGAGCCGUCAAUAAGGGGGAGAGCGUCUCGUAUCGUCGAUCCUGAGGCCUGUAUGGAGAGAAAGAGAGUGGAAAGCGCUGCAUUCUUCGAGCUCAAGUCUCCUGUGUGA